AUGGAAGUGACGGAUCUGAUCGGCGAGACCGGUACCUUCCAGAAUUUGAUGCUGGUCGUGUCCAUGUACCGGGGCGUCAUGCUUGCCAUCAACAACCUGGGAGCGUCCUUCCUCUUUCCCCCGGUGGGCCACUGGUGCUCCAGACACCCCGCCCACAUCAACAGGACCAUUCAGCAGUGGAAGGAGUUGGCCAUUCCGAGAGGCUAUUCGGGAAUGUCUGGAUACGAAUCGUGUUGGAUGUAUGCGAUGUCCGACGACGGCGCGGUCGUCAACGAGUCACUUGUGCGCUGCCAGGAGUGGGAAUACGACCACUCCGAGUUCUGGCCGUCGGGCACAGAAAAGUGGAGUUUGGUGUGCGAAGAUGCCUGGAAGAAUUCGCUGCCUCAGAGCAUGUACAUGACUGGCAUGACGGUGGGCUUUCUGCUGACGGGACGGCUAUCCGAUUUACACGGCAGAAGGCCCGUUCUUCUUUGCGGCCUUGUCAGUUACGUCAUCCUGGAGUACGCCAUGGCGUUUGUGCCGUACUUCUGGCUUUUCUGUUUCCUGCGGUUGCUCAGCGCAGCUUCCCUGGCUGCCGUCAACAGCAGCCUUACUCUGUACAUUGAGACCAUCGGCCCGGGCUACCGGAGCAGGUCCAUGAUCGCGUACGGUGUUUCCUGGGGCGUCGGCGUUGGCGUGCUGGCGGGGAUCUCUUCCGUCGUGCCUCGAUGGGACUAUCAAAUCGUCAUCUACGCCUCCAUGUACAUCGCCCCGCUGCUGCUGUGGAGGUACAUCAUCGAGUCCCCGAAGUGGCUCAUGACAGCAGGAAGGUACCAGGAGGCGGAGCGUGCCAUAUGGGACAUCGCGAGGCUCAAUGGUCGCCCGGACGUGGACCGCCGCGCCUUUUUGAAGAUGAAAGAGAUGUACGCCAAGGAGCACAAGAAAGAGAAAAAGACCAUGGGAUCCGGCGUGCUAGUCCUGUUCAAUUCUCGGACUAUGAUCAAGUUCACGCUGACUAACGUUGUGUUCCAGUUCUGCGCGGCCAUCGUGCGCUACAAUCUGGCCCUGAGCACGGAUAUGUUUCCCGUGGACGCUUACCUCAACUACACCAUCGGCGCGGCCAUCGAGGUGGUGAGCGGCUGCAGCAGCCAGCUCAUCCUGCUGUACGCCCCGCGCAAGAAGGCCACCGUCGCCUGCCUGCUCCUCACCGCAGUCUCCUACGUCCUGCUCGCCUGCGCCCACAAGGAGUCCCUCUGGGUCGAGACACUGCUGAUGCUGCUGUGCCGCCUGUGCAUCGGGAACGCAUUCAACAUCAACAUCAUCUACCUGAGCGAGAUGGUGCCUACCAGCGUCAGGGCCCUAGCCACGGGCGCCGCCCAGACGGUGUACGGCAUCGGCUGCGCCGUUCAGCCUUUCCUCAGCAAUGCUUUUGAAAACCAGACAGCGGACGCCGCCUUCCACGCGGUCAUUCUCUUCCUCGCCACGGCGGCGGUCCUGCCGUGGAUGGAGACCCGGGGUAAGCCUCUUCCAGACUUCGUCGCCGGCAUCGAAGAUCCGACGGUGGACAGUGUUUCCGAGGGUGAAGGUUCGACGUUGGACAGCGUCUCCGAAGGCGAAGGUUCGACAGCGUCGACCAAGUCCAGUGUUUCGACGAACUUGUCGGAGUCGUCGACCUGUGAGACGAGAGUCUGA